AUGUCACCCAGCAGCCACAGAGCAGAGGCCGGAGGGGGUUGCAGUGGCGUGCCCGCGGGCUCUGCCGACAGCCGGCUGCGCCAGAGAGGACCGAGCUUCAGGCCCAGAGGAGAGAAUGGUCUUCUACGUGCAUACUCCGAUGGGAAUAUCAUCAUUGGAGGACUGUUCCCCAUUCACUUAACAACUAAUAGGACUAACACUUCUGGACCUCUCUCCUGUCGGGACUAUGACAUACAAAUGUUCCUCCGUAGUCAAGUGAUGAUAUACGCCAUCAGCAAAAUCAACCUACCUAACAUCAGCAUAGGAUACGACAUCUAUGAUACUUGUGGAGAUGUCAGCCUCGCUUUGAGAGCGACUCUCCAGCUGCUGAAGAAUCAGUCAGACCCACAAAGCUGUUUAGUGCCAGCAGAUGCUCAGUCCAAGUUACCUGAACCCAAAACCAAGGUGGUGAUCGGUGAAAGGACCUCAGAAGUAUCGAUAGCUGUUGCACGACUUGUUGCUCUGUCAUCAGUUGCCCAGAUUAGUUACGGAUCGACUAGUGAGCUGCUCAGCAGGAAAUACAAGUUCCCUACAUUUCUACGAACAGUGCCUAGUGAUGAAUAUCAGACAAGGGGUAUGGUUGAGCUGGUGAAGACAUUUUAUUGGCAAACAGUGAUUAUUGUAGGAAGUGAUGAUGAGUACGGGAAGUAUGGUAGUGAUGGCCUUGUGGAAACUUUCAGCAAAACCGAUAUCUGCAUUGAAUUUGUUCACAUCUUGUCUGCUCAUUUCAAUAAAAGUGAUUCUCAGACCCAAACUGAGCUGGCUAAACUACUGGAAAACAUCGAAAACUCCUCUGCUGAGGCCAUCAUCCUCUUCACAAAGGAGAGUAAUGUUGAAAUCAUCCUGGAAGCAGCUAUUAAACAUAAAUUCAACAGAACUUGGAUUGCAAGUGAUUCAUGGUCUAGCUCUCCAAAGAUCUCUGCAAUCCCAGGCAUCCAACUUGCCGGACAAGUUUUUGGGUUCAUAUUUAAGCAGAAAGAGGUGCCUGGCUUUAAAGACUACGUCAUGUCGAUGUUUAAUGGAACUCAAAAAAACGCCUUUGUCAAAUAUCACCUGACGCAGCAUCCACUUUGUUCAAAUCAGUCUGAAGAAGUAAAAGUAAAUUAUUGCUUGCCAAACAAUCAGCUGGAAUCUGAGCAAUGUCUGGGAACAAGCUUCUUGGCUAAUUGCAUUGACAGGGAUGAAUCUUAUAAUAUUUAUUUAGCUGUUCAAGUCAUUGGUGAGGGGCUCAGACACUUGCUUAAGUGUGACGACCAUCGUUGUGAACGUAGCUCCAAAUUCACAGCAUCAGAGGUACAGGAAGAGAAUUAA